UAAACUUGUUUAUAAGUAAGUAAAAGUCUCAGUUUUCGUUUUGAAUAUGGUGAAUGUCAGUAGUUGUAACUCACAUAAACAACGCUUUGGGAUCCUCAGUAAUUUUUAAGAGAGUAAAGAGUCAUGAGAUCAAAAUGUUUGAUAACUUCUGUUCUAGAGAACCCUAGAUGUAAAUUGGAAGUGGAACAUGAAUGUAAUAAUAUAACCAUAACCAACACACCACUAGGCUUAUCUUUACAUAGGACAAUAAUGUAAUUUAAUCCCCAUGUUUAUUAAAUGUAACACCCCCCGUGGUUUUAUUUCUCUUUUAUUUUCCCUCCUAGUAAUCCUUAAGGCAACUAAAGGAAGCUAUCAGAAGUUAAUCUAUACUCUUUCUCCCUAAAGCAUAUAUGUUCUAGACUCUGCUGUUUUAAAUAAUGAGAAAUAAACUUAAGAGCCAAAUUGUUAAAGUGUGCAUUUUUGUUCUCAAGAGAGUAAAAAUUGGCUCUUAAAGAAAAAAGUUUUUUUUUUAAUUGUUUGUUACAUGUAAACAGAUACAUAGUUUAAUUUGUGGUAUCAAAAUUUCAUUGAGGAUGAUGAACAAUUAGGAAAAAAAGUCAAAAGUCUCCUUAAGAGGGGACAAUAAUGAAAAACACUGCGAGAAACACUGUGUUAGAGAUCCUUUAACCUCUUACCUAUUUCUUCUAUCCUAGGCUUGCCCCAGAACACACACUAUAGAGCAGAUGCAGUAGCCACAAAUAACUUUGUGGGGAUCUAGUAGCUCCCUUAAAGAAUGAGGUGAGGCAGGCCGAGGCGGGCGGAUCACGAGGUCAAGAGAUCAAGACCAUCCUGGCUGACAAGGUGAAACCCCGUCUCUACUAAAAAUACAAAAAUUAGCCAGGCGUGGUGGUGGGCGCCUGUAGUCCCAACUACACGGGAGGCUGAGGCAGGAGAAUGGCGUGAACCCGGGAGGCGGAGCUUGCUGUGAGCCGAGAUCAUGCCGCUGCAUUCCAGCCUGGGGAACAGAGCAAGACUCUGUCUCAAAAACAAACAAACAAACAAAGAAUGAGGUGAGGCAUGUAGCAACCACAGAGCCUGUGUCUGAUCUCAGUGGGAGAUCUUGGGUCAUCACUCAGCCCUAGCUAGUUGCCAUGCUGGGAUGUGGGCCCAAAGUUGCCAAUUUUUUUUGUUAUAAAAGAAAAGCCAGAAACCCAAGUUUUUAUGUAAAAUAUAUGACUUCUAAAUAUUAGGAACUAAUUCAAAUAUUUUUUGAACAAUGUGCACAUCAAAACAUCCAUGAGCCACUAGUUUAUGAACGCACACAUAUACUCACUAGUGUAGUCCCUUCUGGUAUGGUGGAGUGUGUCUUUAAUAUAUGACUCCUUUCAGCAUCCUCAACUCUGAAUCAUCUUGCUCCUCUUUGAAUAACUUCAGUUGGUGGGCCACCACCUGUCUCAGGAGGCCAACUUGUUCUGUUUUUGGUUUACUCUAAUGGUUUGGUAGUUUUGUCUUAUAGGAAACAGGAAAGUGUCUCUUUUAAACUUCAACCUAGUGGUCCUGGUAUGACCUGUGAGACACACAGAAUAAAAUUAACUCCACUCUUAUGUGACAAGCCUCUAGAUUUGUGAAUUUGGCCAAUUUAAUGUAAAAUUUAAUCCAAAUUUUGAAAAUUGGAUUUAUAAGUCAAUUUUUAUUUCUCCAGAAAUGUAUCACAUAGUAGUUAAGAAUGAACACUCUGAAGUCAGACUAUGAGGAUUUGAAUCCCUUCUCUGCCUUUUCCUAGCUCUGUGAUCUUAUGGCUUGUUAUUUCAUUACUUCUGGUUUGUUAAUUUUUAAUAUAAGCAUAUUACUAUAAUUUACCUAAUUACUGAAUAGGUAGUACAUGUAAAGCUCUUAGAACAAUGCCUAGCACAUGGUAAAUAUUCAGUAAAUAUUAUUUAGUAUCCAGAUUAAGCAUCCCUAGUUCCAUCAGUCAUUCAUCAAAAAACAGUUUUAAAUUUUCUUACCAUAUUUUUCUUACAGGUUACUCAUUAAUGGAAGCAAUAUGGUGCGUUGCAGGAAGACGUUUAGGUUUCGUUCCUUGUCUUUUCCCCUCUGUGCCAUCUCCCCCCAACUCAUCUUCAAACCAGAUUACAGUGACUUUUAUCUUUGUCUGUUCAUAUGUGUAUAAAUAUAUAUGUGUAUAGACAUUCAUUCAUUCUUGAAGGGGUGUGGGAACAAAAACCAUUGGUUUAAUGGGGAAAAAAGUGUAGGACUUUGGUCAGAUGCCAGUCGCAAGUACCAGGUCCCCAAGUCUGUCCAACUUGGCUACAACAUUAGGGGUUCUCACAACCCUCUCCUCAGGGUCAGUAAUUUGCUAGAAUAACUCACAGAACUCAGGAAAAUGCUAUACUUACUAUUACAAGGUAUUAUAAAGGAUACAAAUGAACAGCCAGAUGAAGAAGUACCUAGGGUGAGAUCUGAAAGGAUUCUAAGCACCAGAGCCUGUCUCUGUGGAGUUGGGAUGUGCCACCUUCCCAGCACAUGGAUGUGUUUUCCAACUCAGAAGCUCUUAGACUACUGUUGUUUAGGAGGUCUUGUGGAGUACAUAGGCAUGAUUGAUCAAAUCAUUGGCCAUUGGCGAUUGGGUUCAAUCUCUGUGCCCCUUUACCUCCUGCAAGACUGGGGGGUGGGGCUACAAGUUCCAUCUCUCUAAUCAUGGCAUGGUCUUUGUAGUGACCAGUCCCUAUUUUAUUGCUAUCUAGAAGCUCCUCAGCCUAAUGUUAUCUCAUUAACAUGAAAAAGACACUUAUGUAGAUUUCAAGGGUUUCAGGAGCUCUGUGCUAGGAACCUAGGACAAAGACCAGUUAUUUUUAUUAUACCAUACUUGUAUGCCUGCCAGUGGCACAGUCUGAAUUCAAAGACUGAUCAUGAAUCUUAACAUCCCUUUUGAUUGAAUGGUUGCAUCAUUGAAUUCCAAAUUUUCUUGUAUAGUCUUUCCUAGUUCAUGUUGGUUCAACCAGGAACUAAUCCCAGGUUUUAAUUGCUCUAAUCAAAAUCACCAUGCAAGAGAAUGUUUUCAUUUCUAGCAGUCCAUAGUUCUCUGUCAUUGUCCUCUGAAUGAUCUAGCUGGUCAAAAGAUUGGAGAGUAUAACCAUUUCAGAUCCAUAAGAAAUAUAAGUUCUUCUUUAUUUGAGGGCUAUUUAGAAGAAAGUUAAGAAUUCUCCUGUGUAGGGGUCAAAAGAAAACUUCCCCUUCAUCCUCUGAAGGUUCACUGAAAAUCAACUGACAAACAGCAGAUUAAUAGGAGAAAUGGCCUACAAAUUUAUUAAUGAAAGGGAGGUAGGGAAAUGUGGAUGAUUUUAGAGGAGGGUUGUAAAUUAUUUUUAGGGGAAUUCAAUGGACUUGAACAUACAGUGGCCUGGGACAAAGUCUGUUGAGCCUGCUAAGCAUUCAGUGGUUUGUGACAAAAGUCUGGCUAGAUGUGUUGACAGACUUCUGUCUUCCUGCCCUAUGAGUUCGGUUAAUGAAAACUCAGGGAGGGGACUGUUAGAAAUGCUUAUUCCCGGUGCCACAAAGAAACAGCACUCAAAUAUAAAUUUAAUUUUCACAGGCAAUUUUUACUUUCUGCAGAAAGGGUGCUCCUUGCAGAUGGAACAAUGGUGGGACCACACCUGGACAGGGGAGGUCUUGUUCCUGACACAGGUAGCCCCUACUGCUGUGUCGUUCCCAUAUUGGCUAGGGUUGGCCCGCACAGUCUAAGCUAAUUCCAACUGGCUAUUUUAAAAAGAGCAGGGUGUAUGAGCCAGAAUGGUAGGGUGAGUAGUUUGGCGGGAAGGAUGGUUAGAAACAGGUAACUAAAGGUGACUUAGGUCAGAGUAGGUGACCAGGGGUGACUCAGGUAAAGCAGGUGACCGGGAUGAGUCAGGAUGGACCAGGUGACCAGGGAACAGAUGUGAACUACUGAUUAGGACUGGCGGGAAAGUUGUUUACUGAAACUUAGAAGCAAGGGGGUGAAGAGAACCAGGAAGUUAAACUUUAAAAUGGAGAAUCAAAGAAUAAGAGAGCUGAACAUACUGACAUACUGAUUCUUAGAAGAGAAACUUGGGGUUCACUAUAUUUAACAGGAUCAAAGGUAAUUUUCUUCUUCUUUGGUGGGCCUGGACUUUAGACAGAUAAGGAAACUUCACAGAACAACUUCAUACUGUAUUUUGGGAGAAAGAGGAUCAAGAGAUGGGAAGAAACAGGAGAAGGUCAGAGAGACUCUGAGGCUUCUUCUUCAGCAUGUCAAAGGGCCACAGUUUGGGGUAUCAGUUUCUGAGCCCCAACACCUGCAAAAACACUCCUAGAAUAUGCAGAGAAAUGGAAAACUUCAGAAGAUCCUUUACCUUUAUUGGAGGUAUACACAGUGGCUAUCCAAAGUUAUGUUAAAGCCCGACCUUAUCUUACCUCUGAAUGUGAAAAUGUAGCCUUGGUUCUGGAACGCUUGGCAUUAAGCUGUGUUGAACUUUUACUGUGUCUGCCUGUUGAGUUAUCAGAUAAACAGUGGGAACAAUUUCAGACACUGGUGCAGGUAGCUCAUGAAAAGCUGAUGGAGAAUGGCAGCUGUGAAUUGCAUUUUUUAGCUACUCUAGCUCAAGAGACUGGGGUGUGGAAAAACCCGGUACUGUGCACUAUUCUUUCCCAGGAACCAUUGGAUAAGGAUAAAGUGAAUGAAUUUUUAGCUUUUGAGGGUCCCAUCUUGUUGGAUAUGAGAAUUAAACAUCUAAUCAAAACAAAUCAGUUAAGUCAAGCAACUGCUCUAGCAAAGCUGUGUUCUGACCAUCCAGAGAUUGGCACAAAAGGUAGUUUUAAGCAAACUUACCUUGUCUGUCUUUGUACAUCAUCACCAAAUGAAAAGUUAAUCGAAGAGAUUUCAGAAGUUGAUUGCAAAGAUGCACUGGAAAUGAUCUGUAACUUAGAAUCUGAGGGUGAUGAAAAAAGCGCUCUUGUCUUAUGUACUGCAUUUUUGUCACGUCAGCUCCAGCAAGGAGAUAUGUACUGCGCUUGGGAACUUACUCUCUUUUGGAGUAAAUUACAACAAAGAGUAGAACCAUCUAUACAAGUGUACCUUGAGAGGUGUCGUCAACUUUCUUUGUUAACGAAAACAGUGUAUCACAUUUUCUUCCUGAUUAAAGUUAUUAAUUCAGAGACUGAAGGGGCUGGACUUGCUACCUGUAUAGAACUGUGUGUAAAAGCUCUUCGCUUGGAGUCUACAGAAAAUACUGAAGUGAAAAUAUCUAUUUGCAAGACCAUUUCAUGUUUGUUGCCUGAUGAUCUGGAAGUUAAACGUGCUUGUCAACUGAGUGAAUUUCUUAUUGAGCCUACAGUAGAUGCGUAUUAUGCUGUGGAAAUGUUGUAUAAUCAGCCAGACCAGAAAUAUGAUGAAGAGAAUCUUCCAAUACCAAAUUCUUUACGCUGUGAGCUGUUACUUGUAUUGAAAACUCAAUGGCCCUUUGAUCCAGAAUUCUGGGAUUGGAAAACCUUGAAACGACAAUGUCUUGCAUUAAUGGGAGAAGAAGCAUCCAUUGUGUCUUCAAUAGAUGAACUAAAUGACAGUGAAGUAUAUGAAAAAGUGGUAGACUACCAAGAAGAGAGUAAAGAAACUUCUAUGAAUGGGCUUUCUGGUGGAGUUGGUGCUAAUUCUGGCCUUCUUAAAGACAUUGGUGAUGAAAAGCAGAAGAAGAGAGAGAUAAAACAGUUAAGAGAGAGGGGAUUUAUAUCUGCUCGGUUUAGGAAUUGGCAAGCCUACAUGCAGUAUUGUGUGUUGUGUGACAAAGAAUUCCUUGGUCACAGAAUAGUACGACAUGCUCAGAAACAUUACAAAGAUGGAAUUUAUAGUUGCCCAAUAUGUGCAAAGAACUUUAAUUCUAAAGAAACUUUUGUCCCUCAUGUCACACUGCAUGUUAAACAAUCUAGUAAAGAGAGACUAGCAGCUAUGAAACCAUUAAGAAGAUUGGGAAGGCCUCCAAAGAUCACAACUACCAAUGAAAAUCAGAAGACUAAUACUGUGGCUAAACAGGAGCAGCGACCUAUAAAAAAGAACAGUCUCUAUUCAACAGAUUUUAUAGUGUUUAAUGACAAUGAUGGUUCAGAUGAUGAGAAUGAUGACAAAGAUAAAUCCUAUGAGCCAGAAGUGAUUCCAGUCCAGAAACCAGUACCUGUUAAUGAAUUUAAUUGCCCUGUAACUUUUUGUAAAAAGGGCUUUAAGUACUUUAAAAAUCUAAUUGCUCAUGUGAAGGGGCAUAAAGAUAAUGAAGAUGCCAAGCGCUUUCUUGAAAUGCAGAGCAAAAAAGUUAUUUGCCAGUACUGUAGGCGGCAUUUUGUGAGUGUUACUCAUCUCAAUGAUCACUUACAGAUGCACUGUGGCAGUAAACCAUAUAUCUGUAUACAGAUGAAAUGUAAAGCUGGUUUUAAUAGUUACGCCGAGCUUUUAACCCACCGAAAGGAGCAUCAAGUCUUUAGAGCAAAAUGUAUGUUUCCUAAAUGUGGAAGAAUUUUUUCGGAAGCUUAUUUACUAUAUGAUCAUGAAGCACAACAUUAUAAUACGUACACUUGCAAGUUCACAGGUUGUGGUAAAGUUUAUCGUUCUCAGGGUGAGCUGGAAAAGCAUCUGGAUGAUCACAGUACUCCUCCUGAAAAAGUGCUGCCUCCUGAAGCCCAACUUAAUUCAUCCGGAGAUUCCAUUCAGCCUUCUGAAGUGAAUCAGAACACAGCAGAGAAUAUUGAGAAAGAAAGAUCUAUGCUUCCUUCAGAAAAUAACAUUGAAAACAGCUUACUAGCAGAUAGAAGUGAUGCUUGGGAUAAAAGCAAAGCAGAAUCAGCUGUGACCAAACAAGACCAGAUUUCUGCCUCUGAGCUCGGGCAAGCUAAUGGACCAUUGUCAAAUGGUUUGGAAAACCCUGCAACUACUCCUCUACUUCAAUCCAGUGAAGUAGCUGUGUCCAUUAAGGUGUCUCUCAAUCAGGGGAUUGAGGAUAACUUUGGAAAGCAAGAAAACGCAACUGUGGAAGGCAGUGGUGAAGCACUGGUCACAGACUUACAUACGCCAGUUGAAGAUACUUGUAAUGAUUUGUGUCAUCCAGGUUUCCAGGAGAGAAAAGAACAAGAUUGCUUUAAUGAUGCCCAUGUUACUCAGAAUUCUUUAGUAAAUUCAGAAACUCUCAAAAUAGGUGACCUUACCCCACAAAACUUAGAAAGACAAGUGAACAACUUGAUGACCUUUUCUGUGCAAAAUCAGGCAGGAUUUCAAAACAGUUUACCAACUUCCAAAUUUGAAUGUGGAAAUAAUGUUAAAACAUCAUCCAGUCUUUAUAAUUUACCUCUUAAGACGUUAGAAAGUAUUGCAUUUGUUCCGCCGCAGUCCGACCUAAGUAAUUCAUUAGGAACUCCAUCAGUGCCUCCAAAAGCUCCAGUUCAGAAAUUCAGCUGCCAGGUCGAGGGAUGUACUCGAACCUAUAAUUCUUCACAGAGUAUUGGGAAACACAUGAAGACAGCACACCCUGACCAAUAUGCUGCAUUUAAAAUGCAGCGCAAAAGUAAAAAAGGUCAGAAAGCUAACAACUUAAAUACACCAAAUAAUGGAAAGUUUGUUUAUUUUUUGCCAUCACCAGUGAACAGCUCAAAUCCAUUUUUUGCAUCACAGACCAAAGCCAAUGGGAAUCCUGCUUGUUCGGCCCAGUUGCAGCAUGUCUCGCCUCCCAUUUUUCCAGCUCAUUUAGCAAGUGUGUCAGCUCCAUUGUUGUCCUCAAUGGAAAGUGUCAUAAAUCCAAAUAUAACUUCUCAGGAUAAAAAUGAACAAGGUGGUAUGUUAUGUUCCCAAAUGGAAAAUUUACCUAGUACUGCCUUGCCAGCACAAAUGGAAGAUCUAACCAAAACAGUUCUGCCUUUGAAUAUUGACAGUGGCUCAGAUCCUUUCCUUCCUUUACCUGCAGAAAGUAGUUCAAUGUCUCUCUUCCCUUCACCAGCAGAUAGUGGGACUAAUUCUGUUUUUUCUCAGCUGGAAAAUAAUACAAAUCAUUAUUCCUCACAGAUUGAAGGAAACACUAAUUCCUCCUUUCUAAAGGGGGGUAAUGGUGAAAAUGCAGUUUUUCCUUCACAAGUGAAUGUUGCAAAUAACUUCACAAGCACCAAUGCCCAACAGUCUGCACCUGAAAAAGUUAAAAAAGACCGUGGGCGGGGCCCAAAUGGGAAGGAAAGAAAACCUAAGCACAACAAAAGGGCUAAAUGGCCUGCAAUUAUCAGAGAUGGGAAAUUUAUCUGUAGCAGGUGUUACAGGGCUUUUACUAAUCCCAGAUCACUGGGUGGGCACUUAUCCAAGCGAUCUUACUGUAAACCACUGGAUGGAGCCGAAAUUGCUCAAGAACUUCUACAGAGUAAUGGACAGCCUUCUCUUCUUGCCAGCAUGAUUCUCUCCACAAAUGCAGUAAAUUUGCAGCAGUCACAACAAUCUACCUUCAAUCCAGAAGCAUGUUUUAAAGAUCCAUCAUUUCUACAGCUUCUUGCUGCUGAAAAUCGCUCGCCAACAUUUUUACCAAAUACAUUUCCUCGACCUGGUGUGACUAACUUUAAUACCAGUGUCAGUCAAGAAGGUAGUGAAAUUAUUAAACAGGCUUUGGAAACUGCUGGCAUUCCCAGUACAUUUGAGGGUGCCGAAAUGCUUUCUCAUGUUUCAACAGGUUGUGUCUCUGAUGCAUCACAAGUAAAUGCAACAGUGAUGCCAAAUCCAACUGUGCCACCCCUGUUGCAGACUGUAUGCCAUCCAAACACCUUGCUGACCAACCAGAAUAGGACGUCAAACUCCAAAACUUCCUCCAUUGAGGAAUGUAGCAGCUUGCCUGUUUUCCCAACGAAUGACUUACUACUGAAGACUGUUGAAAAUGGUUUGUGCUCUAGUUCAUUUCCUAAUUCUGGUGGGCCAUCACAAAAUUUUACCAGUAACAGUUCUCGUGUUUCUGUUAUAAGUGGUCCUCAGAACACAAGAUCCAGUCAUUUAAAUAAAAAGGGAAACAGUGCUUCUAAGAGAAGAAAGAAAGUUGCUCCUCCACUAAUUGCACCUAAUGCUUCCCAAAACUUGGUAACAAGUGACUUAACAACAAUGGGAUUCAUAGCAAAGAGUGUUGAAAUCCCAACUACUAACCUUCAUUCAAAUGUAAUUCCAAGUUGUGAACCUCAGAGUUUGGUGGAAAAUCUAACACAGAAAUUAAAUAAUGUUAACAAUCAGUUAUUUAUGACUGAUGUAAAAGAAAAUUUCAAAACCAGUCUUGAGUCCCAUACAGUGUUAGCCCCUUUAACAUUAAAAACUGAAAAUGGUGAUUCCCAAAUGAUGGCUUUGAAUUCAUGCACAACUUCAAUAAAUUCUGAUUUGCAGAUUUCUGAAGACAAUGUUAUACAAAACUUUGAAAAGACUCUUGAAAUUAUUAAAACUGCUAUGAAUUCUCAAAUACUUGAGGUAAAAAGUGGAUCUCAGGGUGCUGGUGAAACAUCACAAAAUGCUCAGAUAAAUUAUAACAUUCAGCUUCCUUCAGUAAACACUGUGCAAAAUAACAAAUUACCCGAUUCUUCUCAGUUUUCCUCCUUUAUAAGUGUCAUGCCAACAAAAAGUAACAUUCCUCAGUCUGAAAUAUCACAUAAGGAGGAUCAAAUACAGGAAAUUUUAGAAGGCUUACAGAAAUUAAAAUUAGAAAAUGACCUAUCCACUCCAGCAUCCCAGUGUGUACUGAUAAAUACAUCAGUGACACUGACUCCCACGCCUGUUAAAUCAACUGCAGAUAUCACAGUUAUUCAGCCAGUUUCUGAAAUGAUAAACAUUCAAUUUAAUGACAAAGUUAAUAAACCCUUUGUGUGCCAAAACCAAGGCUGUAACUACAGUGCUAUGACAAAGGAUGCACUAUUUAAGCACUAUGGUAAAAUUCAUCAAUACACUCCAGAAAUGAUUCUUGAAAUUAAGAAGAAUCAGUUGAAAUUUGCUCCCUUUAAAUGUGUAGUACCUACAUGUACAAAAACAUUUACAAGAAAUUCUAACCUCCGGGCACACUGUCAGUUGGUGCAUCAUUUUACAACUGAAGAAAUGGUAAAGUUAAAAAUUAAAAGGCCUUAUGGAAGAAAAUCUCAGAGUGAAAAUGUGCUGGCCUCACGAAGUACACAAGUGAAAAAACAGCUAGCUAUGACAGAGGAAAAUAAAAAGGAAUCUCAGCCUGCUUUAGAAUUGAGAGCAGAGACCCAAAAUACCCACAGUAAUGUAGCAGUGAUCCCAGAAAAACAACUUGUAGAAAAAAAAAGUCCUGACAAAACAGAAAGUUCUUUACAAGUGAUUACAGUUACUUCAGAACAAUGUAAUACAAAUGCACUUACAAACACACAAACCAAAGGACGGAAGAUUAGGAGGCAUAAAAAAGAAAAGGAGGAGAAAAAACGAAAGAAGCCAGUUUCCCAAUCCCUUGAGUUUCCAACAAGAUACAGUCCUUACAGACCUUAUCGAUGUGUUCACCAGGGAUGCUUUGCUGCCUUUACGAUACAGCAAAACUUGAUUCUCCAUUACCAGGCUGUACACAAAUCAGAUCUACCUGCAUUUUCAGCAGAGGUUGAAGAGGAAAGUGAAGCUGGUAAAGAAAGUGAAGAAACUGAAACUAAACAAACUUUGAAAGAAUUUCGAUGUCAGGUAAGUGACUGUUCUCGAAUUUUCCAAGCAAUUACUGGCCUAAUACAACACUACAUGAAACUUCAUGAAAUGACUCCUGAAGAAAUUGAAAGUAUGACUGCUUCAGUGGAUGUUGGGAAAUUUCCAUGUGACCAGUUAGAGUGUAAAUCUUCAUUUACUACAUAUUUGAACUAUGUUGUUCAUCUAGAGGCAGACCACGGAAUUGGACUAAGGGCAAGUAAAACAGAAGAAGAUGGUGUAUACAAAUGUGAUUGUGAAGGCUGUGACCGUAUAUAUGCAACCCGGUCGAAUCUCCUCCGACACAUUUUUAAUAAGCAUAAUGACAAACAUAAGGCUCAUUUGAUUCGUCCAAGAAGAUUAACACCAGGCCAGGAAAAUAUGUCAAGCAAGGCAAACCAAGAAAAAUCAAAGUCUAAACAUCGGGGGACAAAACACAGCAGAUGUGGAAAGGAAGGAAUAAAAAUGCCCAAGACCAAACGAAAGAAAAAAAAUAAUUUAGAAAACAAGAAUGCAAAGAUUGUGCAGAUUGAAGAAAAUAAGCCUUAUUCUCUGAAACGUGGGAAGCAUGUAUAUUCUAUAAAGGCUAGAAAUGAUGCCCUGUCUGAGUGUACAAGCAGAUUUGUAACCCAGUAUCCAUGUAUGAUAAAGGGAUGUACUUCGGUUGUUACAAGUGAAAGCAAUAUAAUUAGACAUUAUAAGUGCCAUAAAUUAUCUAAGGCAUUUACAUCACAACAUCGAAAUCUUCUUAUUGUAUUCAAACGGUGUUGCAACUCACAAGUAAAGGAAACGUCUGAGCAAGAAGGUGCUAAGAAUGAUGUGAAAGAUUCUGACACGUGUGUAUCAGAGAGCAAUGAUAAUUCAAGAACUACAGCUACAGUUUCACAAAAGGAAGUUGAAAAAAAUGAAAAAGAUGAAAUGGAUGAACUAACAGAAUUGUUUAUUACAAAAUUAAUAAAUGAAGAUAGCACAAGUGUAGAGACCCAAGCUAAUACUUCUUCAAAUGUAAGUAAUGAUUUUCAGGAAGAUAACCCCUGCCAGUCAGAAAGACAAAAAGCAAGUAAUUUGAAGAGAGUUAAUAAAGAAAAAAAUGUCUCACAAAAUAAAAAAAGGAAAGUUGAAAAAGCUGAACCAGCAUCAGCGGCUGAGUUAAGCAGCGUGCGUAAAGAAGAAGAAACUGCUGUUGCCAUUCAAACCACUGAGGAGCAUCCUGCAUCUUUUGACUGGAGCUCUUUUAAGCCAAUGGGAUUUGAAGUAUCAUUUCUGAAGUUUCUUGAGGAGUCUGCAGUGAAGCAGAAGAAAAAUACUGACAAAGACCAUCCAAAUACUGGAAACAAAAAAGGGUCCCAUUCAAAUUCAAGAAAAAAUAUUGAUAAGACUGCUGUGACUAGUGGAAAUCAUGUAUGUCCUUGUAAAGAAAGCGAAACGUUUGUACAGUUUGCCAAUCCAUCACAGCUUCAGUGCAGUGAUAAUGUAAAAAUUGUUUUAGACAAGAAUCUUAAAGAUUGCACUGAGCUUGUCUUAAAGCAACUUCAGGAAAUGAAACCUACCGUCAGUCUGAAAAAACUUGAAGUACAUUCAAAUGAUCCAGAUAUGUCUGUUAUGAAGGAUGUCAGUAUAGGUAAAGCCACAGGCAGAGGUCAGUACUGAUAAUUAAUGUAUAAAUACAUCAUUUACCAUUUUAUUUUAAAUAGGAAGCCAUCAAGCAUGCUAGAAUUGUGAAACUUUCAUUAUAUUUUUUUGUUGUUGACAUGAAUUAACCUGGCCAAAAACAAAAAAGAAAAAAAAAACAUGACAUUUGUCAUGUAAAACUUUUUUUUAUCCCUAUGGGACUUGAGGAACAGAAUCAGUACUUCAGUUAUUGUAAAUAGUGAGCUAAACCUCAAAUUUCUAUCACCCAGUUGCCCUUUUCAUGAACUAAACAAUUAUCUGUGUGAUUGGUAUGUUUCACCAGGUCACUGCUCAUGUAUAACAGUACUCUUUAUUUGUAGAUACCUUUUUUGUAUAUAUUUAUUAUUGUAAAUCAUGUGCUGCCACCAGCAGUCUGUAAGUCUAAACUAUUAAAUGACACAUUUAUAUUUGGAAUUUUAAUUUUUAACUAAGCGAUCAAGUUUUUUAAAUUGUUCUUUUAUUGUUUUAAAUUAAGAACUUUUUGAACUAAAACCAGAAACUCUGCCAUAGUUCAUUGAUUUUUACAUGAAACAUUUAUUUACAAGAUGAUAUCAAGAUUACUUUUCACAAAAUAGGCACAUUAUAUCAACACUUUGCUCUGCUUUGUAAAUUUGCCAUCCAGGAUUUUGGGGUGGUAUUCAUGUGAAAUUAAAGCAGAUUCUCUAGCAGUUUCCUAUAGCUACAGUUUUUUUUUCAUUGCUUCUAAUUGGAUAUAGUUACUAUGAGUCCAUGAAAUACAAUGGAAAUGUGAAUAAAGAGUUUACUACAUUGAAGAUUUUAAACAUUUGGUAUUAAAAAAAAAUCCUUUGUGAAUGUGAUAGAAAACUAGUAGUGUGGAGCAGUGUAAAUAUUUGAGGUGGUGAUUUGUGAAGUAGCCCAGUAUUGCCUUAAAUAAAAUCACAUUUCAUUUCUUGUUUUAUACAUGUGAUCUUAUAAAGAUUUUUUGUUUUGUUUUGUUUUCCAUUUUCUGAGAUUUAUAGAUUGGUGUAUAGCUUUAAACUGUAUAAAGUUUUGUGGAAAGAUUUUUUUAAACAUUUUUAUAAAUCUUAAAAUUGAUAUCAUCAAAGUGAGCCCAUCUUGUGUUUAUAAAAUACAAGAGUCCUUAACAUUUAUAAUUACAUAGAUAAAACACUUUCUAUAAGGAAGUUGGAUGUUUUGAUUUUACCGUUUAUAGAUGUUAGAUUGUACAGAUUUGUCUGUAUUUCUCACCAUAUCUAAUGAUACUUUUUUCAUUAGAUUGGUCUUCAAGAACAGUAUUAGUUAUAAUUAUUUUGGUUAUUCAGUAUAUAGUUAGCUCUUACAGUUUAGCUUUAUUCACCAUAUUUAUACUGUGGAUUCACAGCCAGAGGUAGAGGUUAUUCCAGGAGCAUUGAUGACCUUCAUUUGAAGUCCAACUAAAAUCAAUAGUAGAAACAUAAGAAAACGUCCUUGCAAUAUUUACUUUUGUUUCUGUUUGCCAUAAAUAGUAACAUUGGUUUUUUUAUUUUGUGUUUGUUAUAAAACAGUUGCAUUCACAAUAUUAUUGGCCUGAGAUAUUGAUGAUAUUGUGAUGGUAUGAAAAUGUGUACAUUCCCUGUGCAACAUCAGAUUUGCAGGAAAAAUGAAGCACUUACUGAAAUCGCUGGUACUCUGAAUAAAUAAGCAUGGUCAAGGAGUGAACUAUUUUCUUUUGGAAAUUUCUUUUUAAUUUUUAUUAAAGUAUCAUUUUAUUUUUAGGGCC